GUCACUCCCACUCUUUGCUCUGCUGUACUAGCUGCUUAUUAAAACUAAUAUAUAACGACCUUGAGAAUUUUCUGACUGUCUUGCUACCACUGCUUCCAUUCUUUAAGCUUGCUCCGAGCAUGGCUUCGGCUAUUCUUUCCGUGGCCAAACCAUCACCUCAGGCAAAUGGAAAGGGCUUUGCAGAAUUCUCAGGUCUCCGCAACUCAUCUGCAGCUUCGCUUUCUUUCGGAAGGAGAACCUCAGACGACUUCUUUUCGGUCAUUGCCUUCCAAACCUCUGCUGCGGGAACUAACGGGGGAUACCAAAGAGGGAUAACGGAGGCGAAGCUGAAGGUGGCUAUAAAUGGGUUUGGAAGAAUUGGAAGGAACUUCUUGAGGUGCUGGCAUGGGCGCAAGGACUCACCUCUUGAUGUGAUUGCCAUCAACGACACCGGAGGCGUGAAGCAGGCGUCUCACCUCCUCAAGUACGACUCUACCCUCGGGAUCUUCGACGCUGACGUCAAGCCAGUUGGCGAUGAUGGCAUCUCUGUUGACGGCAAGGUCAUCAAGGUUGUGUCAAGCCGCAAUCCCCUCAACCUACCUUGGAAGGACAUGGGGAUCGACCUGGUGAUUGAAGGCACUGGAGUGUUUGUUGAUAGGGAGGGUGCCGGGAAACACAUAGAGGCAGGGGCCAAGAAGGUGCUCAUCACUGCCCCCGGAAAAGGCGACAUCCCUACCUAUGUGGUCGGGGUCAAUGCUGAACUCUAUAGUCAUGAUGAUACCAUCAUUAGCAAUGCUUCUUGCACCACCAACUGCCUUGCCCCCUUCGUCAAGGUUCUUGACCAGAAGUUUGGCAUCAUCAAGGGCACCAUGACUACCACACACUCCUACACUGGUGACCAGAGGCUACUUGAUGCUAGCCACCGUGACCUCAGGCGUGCACGAGCUGCUGCUCUCAACAUAGUUCCCACUUCAACUGGUGCAGCAAAGGCCGUUGCUCUAGUCCUUCCAUCUCUCAAAGGAAAGCUAAAUGGCAUUGCCCUGCGUGUGCCCACCCCCAAUGUCUCCGUCGUCGACCUUGUUGUCCAGGUCACUAAGAAGACCUUUGCAGAGGAGGUUAAUGCUGCUUUCAGAGAGAGUGCUGAUAAGGAGCUGGCAGGUAUCCUUUCUGUUUGCGAUGAGCCCCUUGUUUCUGUCGAUUUCAGGUGCACAGAUGUAUCGUCAACAGUUGACUCCUCAUUGACUAUGGUGAUGGGAGAUGACAUGGUCAAGGUCAUUGCUUGGUACGAUAACGAAUGGGGUUACUCACAAAGGGUUGUUGACUUGGCUGAUAUUGUCGCCAACAACUGGAAGUGAUCAUCUCCCCAUUUAUGAUCGGUCUGUCGAACUAGCUAGCGCCUCGCAAUUAAGUUGUCAUUCUGUUCUUUCUGUCUCUGUCGAUGUGAUCGAUCCGUGCAUGUUUUUAGUUUUCCCCUAACUCUACGUUUCUUGCUGCCUUGCGCGCCUUCAUAAUUAAUUCCUCUCUUCUUUUUGUUUCUUUUUAAAUUCAUAAUGAGAAAUAAUGUUGCAACAAUUUUGUCUUGCCUGUCAUUGAUUAUGCAAGAACAGAGUCUUGAAUCUUGAUAUGUAAGUACAUGAAGGUGCUAAUUAAGCAUUAUUGAAUUUUGUAUCUGUUGA